GGCCUCAAAUCCUCGUUGCAUGGCCCGAUAUUGCCCUGCAAUCCUUGACAAUUGUUGAUCCCCAGCAGUACGUAUUGCCCGUUGUGGAUCGCCGCCACCAGCGCACGCAGCGAGCAGCAGCAACCGCAGCGGCAGCAGCAGAACCUCGGAGCGCCGUCCACUGGACUUACACGUGCUGUUUCCCAACAAUUCGUUUCCCCACUGUAGUCAACUUAUACCAACGUUAGCUUCCAUCUUGCCCCAAAAUCAACAACCACUUCCAUAGACGACCCCGUCCAGCAUCCAGAAUUUAAAAGAGAGCCACCACGCCCGUCGUGAGCCUCUUCGCCAUCCCAACAUGAUAUCAAUGCCCGCUGCCGCCCAUACUAGGUAGACUUUUUCCCAUCGUCGUGGUACAUCGUAGGACCACCUGAACAUGGCCGCACUGCCCCCCGCCAACAAGGGCCGCAGCGCCAGCACCGCAGACGACGACGACGGCCUCUUGCGCCGGCGCCGGCGCCCAUCAUCAUCAUCAUCAUCAUCACCACCCGCCUCCUCCUCCACCACCACCACUGCAGACACCCUCGUCCACGCCGUCAAGGCUCUCGAGCACAAGGCCGAGCACACCCUCCUCCAGCUGUGGGACGACCUCCCCGCCUGGCGCCGUGACAACGCCUUCAUCCGCUCCGGCUAUCGCCCCAUCCGCGGCUCGUACGCGCACUCGCUGCGCUCCCUCUUCUACCUGCACAACGAGUCCGUCAACAUCUGGACGCACCUCCUAGGCGCCAUCGUGGCCAUCGCCCUCUCUCUGUGGUGCCUCCGCGGCGUCCUCGUCGCCGCCGCCGCCACCACCUCCACGCGCCGGCCGUACGAAGACUACUACCGCUACGUGUCCACGUACGCGGCGGCGGCGGCGCGCAACGCCUCGCGUGCCGACGUCUGCGUCUUUGCCUGCUUCUUCGGCGGCGCCGUCGUCUGCCUCGGCAUGAGCGCCACCUUCCACGCCCUCGUCGACCACAGCGAGGACGUCGCCCGCUGGGGCAACAAGCUCGACUACACGGGCAUCGUGGCCCUCAUCGUUGGGAGCUACGUUCCCGCCCUGUACUACGGCUUCUUCUGCAGACCCGUAUUGCUCACGGGCUAUCUCGCGCUGAUAUGUCUUCUCGGAACCGGCUGCGCUGCCGUCUCCUGGAUAGAGCGGUUCCGCACGCCGCAGUGGCGGCCCUAUAGAGCUGGCAUGUUCAUCGGCCUGGGACUCUCGGGUAUUGUCCCCGUCGUCCAUGGCCUCUCCAUCUACGGCUACCGGGAGCUCGAGAACCGGAUGAGCAUCAGUUGGGUCAUCGCCCACGGCGCCAUGUACAUCUUUGGCGCGGUGCUCUAUGCGGCCCGCUGGCCCGAGCGACGCUCGCCAGGCGCCUUCGACUUCUGGGGCAGCUCGCAUCAGAUCUUCCACAUGUGCGUCCUGCUCGCCGCCGGCACGCACUUUUACGGCAUGACCAAGGCAUUUGAUCAUCAUCACACGGUCAUGGGGUCGCAGUGUCUAAACGAAUAGCGUCCUCUCGGUUGAAAAUAGCAUCAUCUCACGGGGGUAUCAUUCCGACAUCACUCAUCAACGGCAACAUUUUCCAGCCCGAGAUCCAUGACGCGCACGAGGCCUGACCCAAACGCCGCCGCCGCCCAGCAUCCAUAUCCGUCGUUAGGAUUCCAGCUGACUACCGUGACGCGCGUGCCCAGCUCGUGAACCACGGCGCGGGAGGGAUCCAUGAGCGCCACGGGCUCGUCGUCGCCGGCUCCUCCCCCGUCGUCUGCAUCCGCGCCCUUCUUCGCCUUGUUGCCUUUCUUGGGCGGAGCCCUGGUCUCCGUGCCAUGCGUGUUCUUCUCCAUGUCGAAUCCCUGGACAACCCUCGCCACGCCGCGGGCGGACGCCGGAGACGGCGCAGUGAAAUGCUCUGCCGGGCGGUGCUCGUGCUGCAACAGCCGCACGCGGUCCGUCGGCGGCCGGCGCGCCUUGAAAAGCUCGCACUGCGGGUUCAGCGCCCACAGCGACCCGUCUGUCGUGCCGACGAGCAGGCACGGGUGCGUCGUCCCCACGGAGAGGCACGACGGAAAACACUCGGCCGUGAAGAUGCGGCGCACGAGGGGAAAGUGCCGGUGGUGCAUGAAGCCCACCAUGGUGUUGAGCGCGUUGGCGGACGGAUACGCCGAGAAGAAGCCUUGCAGGUGGUCGCUCCAGGCGAGCAUGUUAGCCUCCGUGUUGACCGCGUUGAUCUGCACCUCGGCCGUCUCGUAGCUUGGGCAGCGCAGGUCCACGAUCUUGACGGACCCCCCGACUGGCAAGGAGGCGGCGAGGUAAGGCUCCGAGGGGUAGCCCGUCGCGAGGGCGAUGACAUCGCUGUGAUGGACCGGGUGGCGGGAGAGGAGUCGGGUUGGGAAAAUGGACCACAGAGCCACCGAUCCGUCCGAGUAGCCGGCGACAAGGCGAUUCACCGAGACCCAGUCCAUGGCCGUGGCCUUGACACCUAGCUCGUCGACCAUGCUCAGAACGGCGAGGGGGGCUUCGACUUCCUCUACUAUUCAUUAGCUCCAGCGUAGUGUUACUGUGCGUAGAUAGAUGUGACGUACCGUAAGAACCGUCACCCUCUCCCG